AUGGCGUUGGGAGCGCUACGCCUGGUGCUGUUGCUUCUGGCCUGGGACUUCGCAGUCUCUCAUUAUGACUCUGACUUAAUUCAGCCUUCGGAAUUAAAAACACCAAACUGUGAUCAUUAUGAUUACCCAGCAUGCCCCAGGAACCUUAACCCUGUGUGUGGAAGUGACCGGAUGACUUAUAGCAAUGAAUGUAUUCUGUGCAUGAAGAUCAGGGAGGAUGGAAACCCUCUUAAGAUCAUCAAAGAAGGGCCAUGCUGA